AAUGUAACUAAUGGAGCAACAUCACCUGUAGAAAUAAAUUCAGGGAUAUAUAUGCUAGAUACAAAAACAUUUUCGUGGAUAACAUCAUAUACCCCAAAUUCAACUUCUCCAUCUGAUAAAAACGAUCCAAUUUCAAUUGGAAUAAUAAUAGGAAUAGUAUGUGCGAUAAUAGUAUUUUUAGUUGUAGCUAGUAUAAUAGGAUGGAUUUUUUAUAAAAGAUAUAGGGAAAAUAAUAAUAUAGAGCAUGCUAUUCCUACACCUGGAAGUGGAAUGGACAGAGUUGAAAGAGAUGAAAGAGAUGAAAGAGACGAAAGAGAUGAAUUUGGUGGUAAUAGAAUUAGUAAUAUUACUAGUGUUACCGACAAUAGUAACAACGAAAAUGUCAGGAAUAGUUCAACCACAGACGUUACUGUUAUAUCUCAUUCUAGACCUACUUCUACCUACAAAAGUACUAGUAAUUAUGGGUCAACCCCUUAUGUUCCUUCAUAUACUCCUCCACCUUAUUACACUCCACAUGGCGGUUUUACUCCCAAAAAUCCCCCAUAUAGUACAAGAAAUUAAUAUUUUCGGUAAAAUCUCGGUUCAAACUUAUUCCAUUUUUAAUUUUAUUAAUUCC